AUGCGUCUUCAACCAGUUGUCUCUGUCCUCUUUGCCUCGGCCUUUGCCCAAGGCACCCUCAACCCUAACAAACCUCGCGACGUGGCCAACAUCAAACCUCCUCAGACGGCCGGCAGCGCUGAGUGUGCCACCAUCUUCGAACCCCUCGUCACCGGUCUGCCGUCUCUGCCCCCCGACUUCAUCUCCUUCUGGAGUGAUAACAACCCCCGGACCAAGGGUUGUCUUGCCCAGCCACCUUCGUCUCUGAAGUCUCAAUUCGCGAGCGUCUACGACGACUUCGGUUCGUGGAUUUCGUCCAACGAAGACGUCUUUUCGAGUAUCGCUUCCAAGUGCCCCCAGUACAACUUUAAUGGGAGCGGUGCUGCCAAGAGAGCAAGCUUUCCUGCGGCUUAUACCGAGUUGUCUCCUGAGGCGGCUUCUUGGCUCAAGUUUGCCACUGCUUCGGGUAUACCUCCCGAGUGGGCUGCGUACGGCUCCUAUUCUCCUUGCCCAGCCCCAGCCCCAGCCACCACUUCGACUGUUGAACCGACUACAACUCCUGUCGAAACCGGAAGUACCUCGAUUCCAUCGGCGGUUUUGGUCAAUGGGGGAGAUCGCAGCAUGGCCCGUCCUGUUUACUUCGUGGCUGCCGCCGGGAUGGUCGGAGCGGCUGUCGCCAUGUAA